CGGGUCCGUUGGGAUUUGAAUCUCCGGCGGGCUGCGUCCGGAAGCGGCAACGCCUCAGUCCGGCAUGGAGAGCCCGGUCCCCGGUGCCCGGUGCCCCGUGCAGGAGCAGCGUGCCCGCUGGGAGCGGAAGCGCUCCUGCACUGCCCGGGAGCUGCUGGAGACCGAGCGGCGCUACCAGGAACAGCUGGGGCUGGUGGCCACGUACUUCGUGGCAAUUUUGAGAGCCAAAGGCACCCUGCGACCACCAGAGCGCCAGGCCCUCUUUGGGCCCUGGGAACUCAUUUACGGCGCCAGCCAAGAGCUGCUUCCUUACCUCGAAGGAGGGCGCUGGGGACAGGGGUUGGAGGGCUUCUGCAACCACCUGGAGCUCUACACCCAAUUUGCUGCCAAUGUUGAGAGGUCCCGGACCAUCCUGCAGGAGCAACUGAAGAAGAACAAACAUUUCCGGAGAUUUGUGCGACUUCAGGAAGGCCGCCCUGAGUUUGGUGGCCUUCAGCUCCAGGACCUGCUCCCUCUGCCUCUGCAGAGGCUCCAGCAGUAUGAGAAUCUUGCUGUGGCUUUGGCUGAAAACACAAGUCCCAACAGCCCUGAACACAAACAGCUCACAAGGGCUGCCCAGCUGAUAAGUGAGACUGCCCAGAGAGUCCACACCAUCGCUCAGAAACAGAAGAAUGAACAGCAUCUCCAGCGUGUCCAGGCUCUGCUGAGUGGACGGCAAGCAAAGGGGCUUGUAUCAGGUCGCUGGUUCCUACGCCAGGGAUGGCUAUUGGUGGUGCCUCCCCGAGGGGAGCCUCGGCCCCGAAUGUUCUUCCUCUUCUCUGAUGCACUCCUCAUGGCCAAGCCUCGACCCCCAUUGCAUCUGCUGCAGAGUGGCACCUUUGCCUGCCGGGCCCUCUACCCCAUGGCCGAGUGUCAACUCCACAGGGUCUUUGGCCACUCAGGAGGCCCUUGUGGUGGACUGCUCAGCCUGUCCUUUCCCCAAGAGAAGCUACUGCUUAUGUCCACAGACCAGGAGGAGCUGUCGCACUGGCACCACAGUCUGACUCUGGCCAUCAGCCAGAAGAACUAGAGGAAUCUUACAAAUUCCAGAGUCCAGGAUACCAUGGGGAUAGGUCAGAAUCAGGGGUACAAAGGAAUCUUACUAACAAAACACAGACUCUUCAUGGUUUAAGAAGAAUCAUUUUGUGUUUGCCUGAGACCAAGACACACCAUGUCCUCUGACCAGCUCUUAAAGAAUCAGGACACCAAGUCUGACUCAGCUGAACCAGCCAAUACAGAGGAGGGGAUCUGGGGCUGAUAAGUUUGGUGCUGUGUCUGUGGACAGCUGUUUAUCAAGUUUGCAGCUUUGCAAGUGUGGCUGUUUUUAUGUUGUAUAUAGUUUCUAUAAUUUAUUUUCCCACCGGAUUUCAGUAAAGUUUUUUCUUUUUUGGUGAAGCCAUUUUGUCUCAGCUAUGCAAUACGAGAAAAGGGAUUUUUGUGCCCUCAAGGCUGGCAUGACUGUGGCCUCAGGAAUACAAAUAAAAGAACUGGAGCUCCCUCUA